CUCACCACCACCAUGAAGCUCGAUGCAACUGAUUUACGCUAUGUUACGCCCGACGAAUUUCGUGUUCUGACUGCUGUCGAAAUGGGCUCAAAAAACCACGAAGUUGUCCCGACCGUGCUAAUUGCUCAAAUCUCGGGUCUACGGAAUGGAGGGGUCAACAAACUUAUCGGCUCUCUCGCAAAGCGCAACCUAGUCUCCAAAGUCCAAAACUCCAAAUACGACGGCUACAGACUGACCUAUGGCGGCUACGAUUAUCUGGCCAUGAGAGCACUCUCGAAAAGAGACUCGAUGUAUUCUGUCGGAAACCAAAUCGGGGUUGGAAAAGAAUCUGGUCAGUUUACUAUGGGUUCAGAAAUGCUCCUCCGUCCUUUUUUUCCCCUGAUGCACUUCAGAUUGGGUCGUAUAUCGUUUCGGGCCAUCAAGGAAAAGCGAGACUAUCUAGGAAAGCGCAAAUCGGCGUCUUGGAUGUACAUGUCACGAUUAGCGGCACAAAAGGAAUGGGCCUUCAUGAAAGUCCUUCAUGAACAUGGGUUUCCUGUGCCGCGACCCAUUGACCAGGCAAGGCAUUGCAUUCUGAUGGAACUCAUUGACGCAUAUCCAAUGCGCCAAAUAGCAGAGGUUCCCUCACCUGGAAAAUUAUAUUCCACUCUGAUGGAUCUAAUCGUCCGAUUUGCACACGCUGGUCUCAUUCAUGGGGACUUCAACGAGUUUAACAUUCUCAUUCGGCGAGAGACCGGGGAGCCUGUUGUCAUUGACUUUCCCCAGAUGGUCAGCACCUCGCAUGAAAAUGCCGAAUGGCAAAAUGCAUUCGCACAUUUUUCAGGCGACGAUUUCCCCUUGAAGAGGUUCAGCCCAAGAAGAAGAAGAAAGCGACAAAAUCGUUUCGGGAGAUUUGAGAAUACGCGGCGCGCCGGCAGGUCCCAGGGUAGUAAAGCUAAACAAGAUACCCGUAUCAAACUAGAUAGUGCUGUUGCUACAUCUUCGGCCAAAGCAGAGUCAUCGAAGAAGGCCAAUCCAUCGACCCCGGCUGCCCAGAAAUGGGCUGCGGGCCAAGAGUGUCUGGCCAAAUACGCUGGAGAUGGCAGCUACUACCCGGCGCGGAUUACUUCUGUUAUCGGCUCAACGGACAACCCAUUGUACAUCAUCAUGUUCAAAGGUUACAACACCACCGAGCAGGCCAAACCAUCCGAGCUAAAGCCGCUGCCACCCCAUUACAACUUCAUUGCGCCGACAUCCACCAAACGGAAGCUCACACCAGCUGAGGAGGAGGAGAGAGAACGGAAAAAGAAGAAGAACGAGAAGAAACUAGAGGUCAAGGCGGCAAAGGCCAAAGAGCAGACAGAAAAGCAGGCUACUUGGCAGAAAUUCACAAAGAAAGCGGAGAAAAAGAAUGUCCAUAUAGCAGGUAUAGCGGGUACAAGUAUAUUCAAGACACCAGAUAAUCCAUUAGGACGUGUUGGCGUAACGGGGAGUGGGAAAGGGAUGACAGAAGUAGCCAUGCAAGCGAAGCACAAGUUUGCGGCACAAGCAGACGAUGGGUAUUAG